UUUCUUACCUUCAACUUCCUUCCAUUUUAUUUGGUUACCCGUUCAGGCAGAACCCAUCUUUCACUUUGUACAAGCAGCAUGAAGCUCUCUCUUUCACUUGCUCUCAUUCUUCUUGUAGUUUUCACGGUGGUCUUUGCUCAAGCCAGAAUCUCAAAUGAGACUGACAUGAAAGCUUUGCUUGAGUUCAAAUCCCAGGCUGCUGUAAACAGACGGGAGGUUUUGGCCUCAUGGAACAACUCCUCUCCGGUCUGUACUUGGAUUGGGGUUACAUGCAACCGCAGACGAGAAAGAGUUACAAGUCUGAACCUCGGAGGAUUCAAACUGGCAGGUGUGAUCUCUCCCUCCAUUGGUAAUCUCUCCUUUCUCAUAUCACUUAAUCUUGGAGACAACUCUUUUGUUGGUACCAUCCCUCAAGAGGUUGGAAUGCUAUUUAGGCUUCAGUACUUGAACAUGAGCUUCAAUCUCCUCGAAGGAAAGAUUCCCCAUAGUCUUUCUAACUGCUAUAGACUCUCUACCCUAGAUUUAUCGUCAAACCGUCUUGAACACAAUGUUCCUUCAGAGCUAGGUUCACUCUCUAAGCUAGUCAUUAUGCAUCUUAACAACAACAAACUUACCGGAGAGUUUCCUGCAUCUCUAGGAAACUUGACGUCGCUCCAGGAACUUGACUUUGCGUAUAACAACAUGGAAGGAGAGAUUCCAUUUGAUGUGGCUAGAUUGACUCAAAUGGUGUUUUUCCAAGUUUCGCAGAAUAGGUUUUCAGGUGUAUUUCCUCCUGCCUUAUACAACAUGUCCUUACUUGAGUCUUUAUCCCUAGCUGGCAAUAGCUUUUCGGGUGAGCUUAGAGCUGAUUUUGGUGAUCUUCUACCAAACCUAAGAACUGUUGUUAUGGGAGGAAAUGAGUUCACAGGAGCUGUUCCUAUAACACUUGCCAAUAUCUCAAGCCUUGGAAGGUUUGAUAUCUCAACUAAUUAUCUUACAGGAAGUAUCCCUUUGUGUUUUGGAAAAUUACAUAAUCUAUGGUGGUUAGGUAUUAAUACUAAUUCUCUGGGAAACAACUCCCCCAGUCAUCUAGAAUUUAUCGGUGCUUUAGCGAACUGUACUCAGUUAGAGUACUUAGAUGUCGGUUACAACAGACUUGGAAGUGAGCUGCCUGCCUCCAUUGCCAACUUGUCAACCAAGUUAACUAUUCUGUCCCUUGGAGGAAACCUAAUCUCUGGAACUCUUCCUCUUGAGAUAGGGAAUCUCAUAAGCCUGCAGAAACUCAGCUUAGAAACAAAUCUGUUGACAGGAGAACUUCCAAUCUCUUUUGGGAAGCUUUUGAAAUUGCAGGUGCUGGAUCUGUAUUCAAACGCAAUAUCAGGUGAGAUACCAUCUUAUUUAGGCAACAUGACUCGGUUGCAGAUGAUUCAUUUGUACGAAAAUAGUUUCCAAGGAAGUAUCCCUCAGAGUAUUGGACGCUGUCAAAACUUGAUGGACCUAUGGAUUGAUUCAAACAGGUUGAAUGGGACUAUACCUCUGGAAAUACUGCAGAUUCCAUCUCUUGCUUACUUAGAUUUGUCAAACAAUUUCUUGACCUGUUCAUUACCGGAAGAAGUUGGAAAGUUGCAACUCCUUGUUGGACUAGCUGCUUCUAACAACAAGUUAUCAGGACAUCUUCCACAUACUCUAGGGGGUUGUCUAUCAUUGGAGUUUCUAUAUAUGCAAGGCAAUUCAUUUGAUGGUGACAUUCCAGAUAUAAGUCAGUUGGUAAGCUUAAGGAAUCUUGACUUCUCUAACAACAAUCUCUCUGGCAGCAUACCUCCUUAUCUGGCCACGUUUCACUUACUGCGAAAUCUGAAUCUUUCUGUGAACAAGUUCGAGGGAAGUGUGCCAGUGGAAGGUGUGUUUAGAAAUGCUACAGCGGAUUCUGUUUUUGGAAACUUAAAUCUAUGCGGAGGCAUCAGAGAAAUGCAGCUACAGCCAUGCACUGUGCAAGCAUCACCAAAGCCAAGGAAACAUCUCUCACUUGAAAAGAAAGUUGCAAUUGGUAGUAUCAGUACAGGUAUAGUGUUUCUGUUCAGUACAGUUGCUUCUCUGUGUUGGUUCAAGAAGAAGAACAACGCCAGUGGCGGUAACCCAUCUGAUUCUUCUACUUUGGGGAUGUUCUUUGAGAAGAUAAGCUUUGAAGAGCUUCGUGAUGCAACUAGUGGCUUCUCUUCAAGCAACCUGAUUGGUCCAGGCAACUUUGGUGAUGUCUUCAAAGGAUUUCUUGGCAGUGAUCAUAAACUCGUUGCUGUUAAAGUUCUGAACCUCCUGAAGCUGGAUAUGUGGAUGCAGCCAGAAGAUCUGGAAAGUGUAAACGAUCACUCUAGAAUUUUAACACCUCCAGACAAACUCAACAUAGCAAUAGAUGUUGCAUCCGCCUUGGAGUAUCUGCAUGUUGAGUGUCAUGACCCUGUAGCUCACUGUGAUCUUAAGCCAAGCAACGUUCUUCUGGACGAUGAUCUUACUGCUCAUGUUGGUGACUUUGGUUUGGCUCGGUUUCUCUAUAAAUACGACCGAGAAACCUUCCUAAACAAUUUUAGUUCUGCCGGUGUCAGAGGCACCAUUGGCUACGCUGCACCAGAAUAUGGUAUGGGAGGCCAACCAUCAAUACAAGGAGAUGUGUACAGCUUUGGAGUUCUAGUUUUGGAGAUGUUCAUUGGAAAGAAACCGACAGACGUAACAUUUGCAGGAGACUAUAACCUCCACAGCUACGCGAAGUCGUUACUGUCGGGAGAUGAGGAGGAGGGUGGAGGCAGCAAUGCCAUUGAUGAGUGGUUGAGACUGGUUUUGCAGGUGGGAAUAAGGUGUUCUGAAGAGUAUCCAAGUGAUAGGGUGAGAAUAACUGAAGCACUACGAGAAUUAACCUCAAUCAGAACUAAGUUCUUUACUUCCAAGACGACUAUUACAGAGCCAAGUCAUCGGGAUGCUGUGCAAAGUUCUCCUCAGGAAUGGAUGUUAAAUGCGGACAUACAUACAAUCCAGACCCCAAUAUAAUGUCAUCACAAUCACCUUCUCAACUACUUAUGGGGACACAAUGAAUGUGUCUCUGCUUCAGCUUCAUCACAA